UUAUAUUUCAUAUUAUAUUGUCCUAAGAUUAAAAGUCGACGUGCUUGUCGUGGUACUACUCAGCAGCAUGGAUCCCACAAGGAUUGCUCUCACCGUCCUGUCUUUAUUAGUUUCAGGUUUGGAAGCAAAGCACUGCAGGGUGAAGGAUGAGACUUAUACCUGCUUCUUCGGAUGCUGCAAAGCUAGCUUCAGCAAAGGCUGCUGCCUACCGAAUCAGUUUGGGUUCUUCCUCAUCAUGGUCGGGGUCAUGCUGAUCGCAUCCAGCAUCGUUGCCUGCAUCCAUACCUGUCGACGACGUCCCACCUACAUGGCGAUACCGGGAGCAAAUUACCAAACAAUGUGGUAUUCACAGCCACAUGGAUCAUAUGACACCCCUCCAGGAAUGCCAUCUGGCGCGACCAUCGUAACCUAUCCACAGAACAAUACAUCCGAUGUCUUCCAGCAAAGAUUUUACCAACAAGCUAGUACAAGGGGUUUUCAACCAACACCGGGGUCGAAUCAGGAUCGAAGGUCUCCUCAACGACAAGGAACACGGGCCUACAAUUCAUUCGGACAGACUCAGCUCCCAGGGUUUGACCAACGAAAUGGAAGCACCUCCCAUCCCAACACAGGGCGGCCUCAGAAUCAAGUGUCUGAUCAAGGAACAAGGGGAAGAACAUCUGAGCCAUUGUCGGGACUGACUCAGAUCCCAGUGUUAACCCAACCAACACAUGGAAGGCCCUCUCGACCAAUCACAGGGCGGACUCAGAAUCAGACGAACAAACAAACAGAAAAAGCUGGACAGACCAAGACCCCAGUCCACAACCCACAAACAAACCGCAAGAGCUCCUGGCCAAACACAGGACAGGUUCUGGACCCAGCGUCAAAUUAAUAAAAUAUGCCAGCCAGUCACUGACCAAAUCCAGGGCCGUAAAUUAAAGCAACAAAGUGGAAAGAUCUCCCAACCAACUCCAGGCGGAGCCAGAGUCCAAUGACAACCUUGGUCGUGCCCAGCAGAACUUAGGGAGCUGCAGCAUCGAUCUAGGACCACUCAAACCCGUCUCAUAAAACCAUCAUUUUAAUUCAAACUUCAAGCUAUACAUUAGAGACUAAACUGCAAAUGCCAUCAGCACAAGUGACACAUCGACAAUGUUCAAUUAAAAAUAGAUGUGUAAAUAGGUAAAAACUAUACUCUUACAUAUACAAAAUAUGUCUGAAAGUAAAACUCCAGGUAAAAUGCUAUUUAUAGUGAAAAACUGUUUUGAGCAGUUUUCUUGUUUCAUAGAUAGCUUUUAUAUAUAUUGAAUGUAAACUUAAAUCGCCAAAAUAAUCCUGGCAAUUGCCAGUUAGGAAUGAUGAUAUCAAGGGUUAGACCAAAGCCAAGAAACUAUCGAAAUAUUAUUCUUUUUUCGUUUCUGGGAAAACAAUUAAAAAAGGUCACCCCACAUCGACUUAAAAUGUAACGUAGUAUGGUCCAAUGUUUCUGAGCAGACUGCUUUCUAAUUGUCAAAGCAACAGAAUACUGAAGCGUGCUUUUGGUUUUUAACAAACGAACCCACAGUUUAUGAAGCCUCCUUUUAUAAUCGCGUGUGACAUUCUAGUCAAUUGGUUUUCUAAAGCUGUAUGACGAGGGUAUCAAUGGCAAGAUAUAGAACGUCUACUAACGUGUCUUAUGUUAUAACACCUUGUGCCAACACUGUGUGAUGGUGAUUCAUAAACGCAUGCUCAUGAUAUGGUCGGAAUUGUACAAUCGACUCAGCUUUUGCAGAGAUUUCUUCUGAAUAUGGUAACAGUUUUGUCGCGUUAAUUUAUUAUCCUAAUGUGGCAUCGUGCACAUUUCCCAUGAGUUAGGACAAGCAACAUUACUUUUGUAUUAAUACCUCCAAUAUUCACUUCAGAGACAUUCAGGUGGGUUAUGAUAGGAAAAACCCCUUUUGAACCAUGCAUCCUCUAUGAGAGUAUCUUAUACGUUGAAGUCCUCGUUAAACAGAUUUUAUUGAAACAAUUACAUGCUGGUAUCUCAUUGUGGGUCGGCAACCGAAUUCCAGUGAAUAAAAUAUUGAUAAACAUUAAAUAGAAUACCUUACAAUAAUGUUUACUGGACUUCUGUAUGAGAUAAAAGGCUCAGAUAACGUCAGCUGAUAGAUAUCAAUAUCCGUGUACAAGAUUUCACAAUACCCAUACAAAGCCUUCAACUGCGUAGCGUGCAACUGUGUUGUGAUAUUUGAAGGAAACUCUGGAAGAUAUUAAUUCGUUCGUUAAAUCUCCUAAAUCCAUAAUUUCAAGAUCAGGAUGACCACUUGCCUGAAAUUUAACAUUGUCAAUGUUAUUUUCCGAAUACCUGUGUAUAUAUUUAAGUAUGUUCACCAGCACUUGCUAAUAGUUUAACUUGUGACUGUGUUAUCUGUGUAAAUACUGGGUGUAAAAUACAGAGUAAAUAAAUCAAAUAUGUAACAUA